CAUCGUGCUUGGUGGCGUCGAGGUAUGGGUGCAUUCCUGCUCUGUCUUCUUUUGCAAAUGGGAAUUUCGAAGGGAUCAAAUUAUGGCUAUGUGGAAUGGUCGGUGAGCGACAAAGACGCAGAAAUCAAGGCAAAAUACCCUGUUUACAGCACACCUUAUACUAAGGACACGCUACACCAUCAACCGACCGUCUCCAACAACCCAUCUGCCACCGAGCGAACCGUGGUGGCGCAUAAGAUCGAGGAGGAUCUGCCACGGGUUGUCACCGCGUUUCUGCAUACGGGAGACUCUACCACUCUGAAGCAUGUCAAUUGCUCCAAACGGUAUGAGCUGAGCAGUCUCCGCGGUGGCGCGCACGUCGCCUUGCACUACUCCCUUCAAAGCAUCCUCGACACCAUGGCGCACGCCACCAACUUCCUAAACAUGCUCCUGCAAUCCAAUACAUCCACGGAGCACCACAUCGCGAAGGACAUCCAGUGGUACCACUCGUUAGUGAGGAGUAUGUUGGAAUGGAAUCCUAAAAUCCAUCGGGCAGUGGUGGCAUUUCACACGGAGUCACCAGAGGCGCCUGGUCCGCAGGUCUUUCUACAGGCAACCAGGGCCGAGAACCAUAUAGUGCUUCAAGAUCUCUCCAGCACGGCGCACCAUCACCUUAAAAACAAGACAUCUGAGUCCGACUGGUAUAACGAGUUUAGGGACCGAAAGAGACACCACCUACACAAAAGUCAAGGGUUUCCGGCAUCACCGGACGGAUCUUUUUUAGACAGAACUCAUGUCAAAUGGUCUGCGCCCUACUUGGAGUGUGAGCAUGGCAGUUUUGUGCCGCACUGGCUUUUAACACUCUCGGCAGGUUUCUAUGGCUUGAAGAACAACAAAGCGCCAGAGUUUAGAGGAGUAGUGCGUGUGGAUGUUAAUCUCCAGGAUGUAGACAUUGACCAGUGCUCCAGCAGUGGCUGGUUUGCAGGCACUCACCGUUGUAACUUGACAACUAUGGAGUGUAACCCAAUUCUAGGCCACGGAUUUGUGCUGGAUAAGUACAAGUGUCAAUGCAAAUCAGGUUUCUACCAUCCGAGUAGAGUGACACUCAAUGGCUUCUCAAAAUCAGACCGGGGCUUAUACAGUGAUGAAUUCCGGGAAGUGCCUGGGAGGUGUCUGCCGUGCCGAGAAGGGUGUACAAUCUGUAACGAUGACACGCCAUGUCUGGCUCAACAAGACACUGCCCUCCGUCUAGCCAUGGUCUCCUUUCAAGGCUUCUGUAUGCUCAUGGACUUCAUCAGUAUGCUGGUUGUCUACCACUUUCGCCGCAACAAGAGAAUAAGAGCAUCUGGUCUUAUUCUUGUUGAAGCGAUUCUGGCGGGAUCUAUGCUUCUCUACUUACCUGUUAUGAUACAGUACUUUAACCCGAGUGUAUUCCGGUGCAUUCUCCUGAGAUGGAUUCGCCUGCUCGGCUUUGCUGUCGUUUACGGAACAGUCAUUCUGAAAUUAUUCAGGGUUGUAAAAGUGUUCUUGUCACGCACGGCCCAGCGAAUUCCCUACAUUACCAGCUGGAGAGUUCUGCGUCUGCUCGUCGUGAUUCUGCUUGUGGUUCUAUGGUUCCUAGUGGCCUGGACCUCAGCCGUGUGCCAGAAUCAUGACACCCAACACGCCCUCAUUGACAUCGGAGUCACCCCAGAGGGCCAAAAGUUCAGUAUGUGUCUGCUGGAUAGCUGGGACUAUAUGAUGGCUGCAGCGGAGUUCCUCUUCCUGCUGUGGGGGGUUUAUCUGUGCCAUGCUGUGCGGACUGUUCCGUCCACCUUUCACGAGCCACGUUACUUGGCAGUCGGCAUUUAUAAUGAACUCCUCAUCUCUGCAAUAUUCCACAUUAUUAGGUUCACUCUUGGGACUGGGCUGCAUCCAGAUUGGAUGCUAAUGCUGUUUUUUGUCCAUGCCCACCUGACAGUGACUGUAACAUUGGGAUUACUUCUCAUUCCAAAGUUCCUUUUCACUGGUACACAUACGCGGGAGGACAUUGUCACUGAGGCAUUUGAGGAUGAGCUGGAUAUGGGUCACUCGGGCUCCUGUCUGAACAGCAGCAUAACUUCUGCCUGGAGUGAACACAGCCUGGACCCUGAGGACAUUAGGGAGGAACUUAAAAAACUCUAUUCCCAGCUGGAGAUCUAUAAAAGAAAGAAGAUGCUAGCCAAUAACCCUCACUUUCAGAAGAAGCGCAGUUCCAAGAGGGGCCUCGGACGUACAAUAAUGCGACGAAUCACAGAAAUACCAGAGACAGUUAGUCGGCAAUACAGUCGAGAAGACAGGGAAGCAGGUGACCAUGGAAGUAACAGAGGUACACUGCGGAAAAACCCUUUCGACCCAUCUCACUCUGGAAAGCCAAGAGAAGAAUCUCUGAGGAGUAAGAUGUUCUCACUUAAGAGAUCUUAUAGCUACGACCAUACACAUGACGAAACUGGGAAAACAAUUGGGGUGCAUGAUGAUAAAAUAGAGAACUCCACCACUGAAUCAUCUCUGCUGGAUACACUGAUGGGCAGGAGGUCUAACAAGAAGAAUCUAGAUGUGUCGAAAAUCGAGUUAGCAGAAUCUACAGAGUCAGUGCCCUUAGUGUGCAAAUCGGUUAGUGCACACAACCUGGCUGCAGAUAAAAAGCCUGUACUUCUCCGAACGUCGAUGUUACAGAAAUCAUUGUCUGUGAUUGCUAGUGCCAGAGAGAGGACAUUGGGGAUUGCGGGGAAGACGAACAGCGUUGAGGAUGCCAGCAAGAAGGGUCUCAAAGGAAAGGACAGUACUGUGCUUUCUGAAGUUGAAGAAACGCCUGAGUGUAUUCCAAAAAUGAUCAUCAGCCAGUCAGUUGAGUACACCAAGACGCCGAGUAAGAUGGGGAUCAUGAAGCAACAGGUGAGUGGCAGUCAGCCAUCCAUUUGUUCAGAGCCAGGAAGGAGCAAGGAUCUUUACGACCUCUCUGAGGUGUGCCCUUGGGAGGUGGAAGAGCUUCCGACUCCGUCCGAGGGGAAGGCUCAAAAGCAUGUUUCCAUCGCUGUUAGUGAACCCAACGUUGGACAUGGGAGCAGCCCUAAAAGUGGAUGCUCUAAACACAAGCAGAAAACAGUGAGCCAGUCUACUUUGAACCGGCGCCGCUCCAGAGACAAGACUGCAGACAGAGAUGAGGGGAGGAAACCAAAAUCUCUCAACCUCACUGUCCACAAAGAUGAAAGUCUGUGGAGCUUUGAGGACCAAGGAAUGGCGACUGCAGGGCUGUCCUCUAAUAGGACAAGACGCAAGAAAAGCGUUACACCAACAGAUGGAAAGCCCAAGAUCAUCUUCUCAGAUAUCUCUAAGUCUACAGGAAGCCUUUUGCAGCCUCCAGCUCUAAUGGUGGAUAUUAGCCCUUUGGAUUACGAUCCACCCGUGUCCCCCAACCAAGACAAGACAUCCAGUCCCACACAUCACUCAAAGAGAAGGGAUUCAAGCUCGAAAAGAAAAGGAUCAUGCUCUUCCAAAGAGAAAGGAAAGGAUAAAGACGAUGAUAAGCGAAGAUCCAAUUGCAGGGAGCGGAGAAGCUCCUGGAGCAAACCCUCAGAGAAACGACGUACAAGCCAAUCAUCAGAGGGUGACCAGAUGGCAGGAGCAUCUGGCAGGAGAAGAAGCUCUACUAGAGAGACAGCGAUGAGAGGCAGUAAGCAUGCUGAAGUUUGCCCAUUGGUGACGGAAACAUUGCAGACUGUUGCCUCAAAUGAAAAACAGCCUCCAACAACGGACACAAAUCGAACACCAGCCGAUUAUCUCAACAUGGCUGAAAUCUGUCCGUGGGACUUUGAUGAGAAGUUGUCAGGGAAAAAUGCAUGACGCAGUACCCACAAAAUCCCUCCGGCAACAUAUUUGAAUGUUAGCCCCCCACUUCCAGUUUUUGAUAACUUUGCACACAAAGACACUUUUUAAAUACUUGGUAACAAGAAAAAUGUAACGUUUAGUCAACCUGAAAAUCUCGUUUGGAUACACACCCAUGUAACUAUAGUGUCUUGCAAAUGUGUUUAAAACGUGUUCUUUCAUUUGUAAUUUCAAGGUUGAUGUCUAACCACACAAACUAAAAAUGACUGUUUCACAUUUAAUUAGAUUUUACAAGAAACAUGCAAUGUAAACACAUAUUCAGUCUGUGUUGACAAGGGUUCGAUGAAUAUUAAUUGCCCUAUUUUAGUCUUUACUUGAAACCUAAUAAAAUAAACCCCACAUGUUCUGUAUAAAAGAAAAUGUGAAGGACAAGUGUGUCAUCCAAAAAUGUAUAGAUAAAAUACAGCAAAUGUAAAAAAAACAUAUAAUAGAUGCUCUAAUGGCAAACACCCAAAACCACCCUGCUUAAAAAGGCAUUUAGGAAGACAGAGACCAUUAUUAAUGGAUUUAGAAUACAUUUGCAAGGCACUAUUGGGAAGAGUGAGGUAAUGCAGGGUUUAAAGGUAUAGUUGACCUAUAAAUGAAAAUUCUGUCGUCAUUAACUCGCCCUCAAGAGCCUUUGUUCCGUUAAACAAAUCAAGUUAUUUUGAAGAAUGUGGGAAACUAAAGCGUUCUGGGGCACCAUUUACUACCACAGCAGUUUUUCCUUAUUAUGGAAGUCUAAAGUGCACCAGAUCUUUUUGGUUACAAAAAUUCCAAAUCUUUUUGGUUACAAAAAUUCUUCCAAUAUUCUUUCUUUGUGUUCAACAGAACCAUGAAAGUUACCAAGGUCUGGAACAACUCAAGAGUGAGUAAAUAUUGACUUUGAUUUAUGGGUAAACUGACCCUUUAAAGGAACACUCCACUUUUUUUAAGUAGGCUCAUUCUCCAACUCCCCCAGUUGAGUUGAGUUUUACCGUUUUGGAAUCCACUCAGCCGAUCUCCGGGUCUGGUGAUAGCACUUUUAGCAUAGCUUAGCAUAGAUCAUUGAAAACUUGACUCUUCUGUACUUAUAUCGUGUGCUAAGACUGGCUGAAAAUGAAAAGUUUCGAUUUUCUAGGCUAAUAUGAUUAGGAACUAUACUCCCAUUUCGGUGUAAAAAUCAAGGAAGUUUGCUGCUGUGACAUGGCCGCAGCAGGCGCAGUGAAAUCACGCUCCUUGUGCAAGCAGUUGGUCACGUUGGAUAAGAUGACUGGAGUGCUAAAAUGCCAUAAGUGCCAUCGCCAGACCCGGAGAUCGGCUGAAUAUAAUCCAAAACGGUAAAAAUUCUGGAGGAGUUGGAGAAUGAUCCUAUUUUCAAAAAGAAUUGAGUGUUCCUUUAAGACGCCCCCUUCGCAUCUAGCGCUCAUGUAGAGAAUCACACAAAAAGUACAUUUAACAUUUUAAAUAACAAUUUUAGGUUUCGAAACACUAGGUUUUGAUCCAUUCGAAACCACUGCCAAGAACAAGAUUUAUGUAAUUGAUGCUGCAAUUAUUUUUUGACCCCACUGUCACCUAUACUGUUUAAUGUAAAUAACUUCCAAAUACAAAACCUGACUCACCUUACCCCAUUUUAUAUUACUACAAAAUUCCUAAAUACUUUUGCAUGAAUGCAAGUUGUAGCCAAGGUAUUUUUGUCAAUGUUGAAUAUUACUAGAGACAGUGCUCAAAAUAACUGUUUGAUAAUUGAACGGAUAUACUUAUUUUUGUUGCAGUGUUGUUGGUAUUUUUUUUUCAACAUUACAUGACCCUAUCUUGUAAGAUUCUGUUCUGUUGUGAUUUGUACUGAUAUCAAACAUGUUGUCUCCCUGCUGGUGUUGGUUACAUCAUUAGUAAAUGGUCACAUUUGCUCUUGCAUGUCAGUAAGUCUGUCUUUUCCUUGCACAAUUCUGUAUCGGUAUGUAUAUUAAAUGUUUUAUUGCAGAUACUAUACAUUUUGUCAGUAUUAUGCAGUGGUUAUGUUUAAUAUUAAUCAACCUGGGAAUGUCUACUGUUUAUUUUAUGUGCUUUGU